AUGAUAUUUGCAUCAUUUAUUCGAAACGCUGAAGGUGUACGUACAAUACGACGUAUUCUUGGCGAGAAAGGAAGAUUUAUUAAAAUUAUAGCGAAAAUUGAAAAUCAAGAAGGCAUUGAAAACGCAGAUGAAAUAAUCAGAGAGGCAGAUGGGCUGAUGAUAGCACGCGGUGAUUUGGGUAUCGAAAUUCCCACUGAGAAAGUAUUCGCAGCGCAAAAAAUGCUAAUCGCACGAUGUAACUUAAUGGGAAAGCCCGUAGUAUGUGCUACUCAAAUGCUUGAAUCAAUGACCAAGAAGCCAAGACCUACCCGAGCUGAGGGUCAGUUAACCAUUAGGGAUAGCAUAAUCCAAUGGCUAUACUUUGCGAGAUUUUUGUUGCCUAAGGAUUUUGCUAAAAAUAGUAGCAAUUUGUUACAUUAUUAA